AUGGAAAGAGUUAACCAAAGCAGUAGUGUCUCUGAGUUCAUACUCCUGGGACUCUCCUCUAGGGCCGAGGACCAAAAGCCACUCUUUAUUCUCUUCCUCGCCAUUUAUCUGAUCACCAUAGCAGGGAACCUGCUCAUCAUCCUGGUCAUCCGCUCUGACCCUCAUCUCCAGACUCCCAUGUAUUUUUUCUUGAGUUUUCUGUCUUUAACUGACAUUUGCUUCACAACAACCAUUGUCCCCAAGAUGCUGGCGAAUUUUCUGUCAGAAAGAAAGACCAUCUCCUAUGCUGGAUGCCUGACGCAAAUGUAUUUUCUCUACGCCUUGGGCAACACUGAUAGCUGUCUUCUGGCAGUAAUGGCCUUUGACCGCUAUGUGGCCAUCUGCAACCCCUUCCACUAUGUCACCAUCAUGAGCCAUCAGCGAUGCGUCCUCCUGGUGACCUUCUCUUGCUCCCUUCCUCACCUCCACUCGCUUCUGCACACCCUCUUACUGAAUCUCCUGACCUUUUGCAACUCCAAUGUUAUUCACCACUUCCUCUGUGACCUCAGUCCCCUGAUGAAACUAUCCUGUUCCUCCACCUUUGUCAAUGAGAUUGUGAUAGUGACCGAAGGCACCCUUGUUUUGGUGACGCCCUUCCUAUGCAUUGCCUUCUCCUACCUAAGAAUCCUCACUACCGUUCUCAGGAUUCCUUCUGCUGCUGGGAAACGCAAGACCUUUUCCACCUGUGGGUCUCACCUCACCGUGGUCACCCUCUUUUACGGAAGCAUCUUCUACGUGUAUUUGCAGCCUGUGGCAACAUACACUGCCAAGGACCAUAUAGCAACAAUUGUCUACACAGUCUUGUCAUCCUUGCUAAACCCUUUCAUCUACAGCUUAAGGAACAAAGACCUCAAGCAGGGUCUGAGGAAGCUCAUAACCAGAAGAAGCAUCUAA